UGUUUUUGGAUGUAAUUCAUCAAAGGCUUCUACAACUACUUCUACUAACUUGUUAAAAAACUUUGAGAUCUUUUUAUGCAUCAAUGAUGGCAUGUUUCUAAAAAAACCCAACUCCAAUGUCUGGUGGCUGUUGAAUUAAAAUAAACAUAAAACCAUCAUUAUUAUAAUGUUCUUGCUCUUCAACAUCGUUUUGAGUAAUGUGUGCCUUGCAAUUAUCUUGUUGAAUGAAAAUGAUUUUCUCUUCUUCACUAGGCCAGUUUGACUUGAUUCUUGGAGUUCUUUUAGUGAUUAACAUAUGCCUUGUUGGUUUCUUGUUGACCAAUUCUAUCAUUUUUGUUUCAAGCACCUCCCCUUUUGGUCUAUUUUUUGAAGCCCUUUUCGUAAGUAUUUCUUCAGUGAAUAGAAAAGUUCUUAUCUUGCCAUCGAAAGUACAUUCACCCAUUCGAUUCCAACAUGGUCUUGUCACACAUAUAAAUAUAAUCUUAAAAUAAAUUUGGGUGAUUUUCCACUUCUUUAGGGCUCAGGUUCAUUUUCAACAAGAAAAAUUCUCUGUGAUUUUCUUGACAAGUAAAACCAUUUUUCAUCCAUAUUAUGAACAAAGUAAUAUAGAAAUUUGUAUUGUGGUUGUACUAAAAUUGAAUCAUAUUCAAGUAAACUAAUAAUCCAACGAAUUCUUACCAACUUGUUCUCCUCUGAAAUUUUUGAUGCAUUGCAUUAGUGUGAGGAUUUAAUUUCCCCCUCUUGAUCAUCUUCCAUACAGUGGACCUCUUGCUAAUUUAAGUUUACUUACCAAGUCUCUAAUGUAAGUUCUAUCAUACAUUUGAAUGCUAGCGAUACUUUCAUAUGGAAUUGUAAUUUCUUUCUUCCGCACCUGUGAUACUUAUGAACUAAAUUAUACUUUUGGUAAGUUUCCUUUUGUUUCCCAGCCUUGUUCCAUAAACAACUUAUGGUCGUAUCGAAAUAACAAAACUUCUUUACUGUCUUGUUAAUUGACGGAUGAGGAAGAUUUCCGACAAUAGAGAUGUUGACUAAGUGUAGUAAAAUUUAUUCUUGCAUAUUAUUAUUCAAUCUUAGAUUGUGGUGACUUGGCUGGUUUUCAUUUGGCUCAUUAUGAUUUGCUACAAUUUUGUUUUCAUUUGGAUCAUUUGUAAUGGGGGAUAAUGGUGGGGGACCAUUGAGGUCAAAAUGAGGCUCUAAGUCCCCUAUUACUUCAUUGUGUACAACUUCUUGAUCUUCUUUCAUUAACACAUCCUCUCCCCCAUUAAAAAUCACCAUAAAAUUCUUCACAAAUUUUAGAUUCGUAAUUUGAAAAAAACAAUCAUUAUGAAACAAAUGAGUAAAAAGCCAAAACUAAAGCCAAUUGAGUAAGAAGCCCAAACUAAAGCCAAUUUCAGAUUCCUAAUCUGAAAAAAUAUAUGUAAUGGAAACUGUGACCAUAUUUAGAUUAUCGUUUACUGGAAAAAAAGCUGUUGUUUGUUAUAAUUACAUGUUUGCUAACAAAAGCAGGAAAAGCUGAAAUAUAAUCAAAAUGAUCAAUUUAAUAUGAACAAUGGCUGGAAUAUGUUUAUUGGAAAAUUCAGCUUACAAGUAACUGUCGAUUAUGAACAAUUUUUGAUGGUUCGGUCUCUUAAGUUUAACUUUUAUUUAUAGUGUAAUUAAUUUAUGUUUACAAUUUGUGUUUCAUUUCUAAUUAAGCUUAAUCUAUGUACGUCCUCAUCUAUAGGUUGAUGUAGUUAUACUCAUUGUAAUUGGUUAUUUAACUAUGUUAAAGAUUAACAACUUUUGUUGUUUAAUUUUUGUAUUGUAAAUGUAAAACAACCUUUGAUAUACCAUUAAUAAAAUCAGAAUACAACAAUAAUGAUUCUAAGAUUUAAUUACUUUAUCAUUUUUAUUUACUUUUUAUUACUUAGCUCAAUGCUUAAUGAUUACCUCUUAUCUUAUAUUCUUCUUAUCUUAAUUCCUUCCUAUACUUCAAAUAAGAAUUCUUCUUGUCUUAAUUCAUUCCUUCCCAUAUUUCAAAUGGGUAGGAAUUUAAAAAAUAAAGGGAGUAAUUUUGUUUAAUUCAAAAUAAAAACUUAACAAUACCAUAGUUUCUUGAAUGAAGACCUUGUAUAGUAGAAGUAUAUUCUUACAACCUCUCAUCAAUCUUAUUAUUGGACGUGUGAUUCACAAGUCAUUGACCAUAGCUCCCUUGGAAAAAUCCUACUCUUAAUUCAGAGUAAUGAAAAGCAUUAAUUAAUCUACCAAUUAAACAAUUAUAUAUUAUAAAUAUAUAAAAAAAACAAGUAUUUAAACCCCAAACGUCCAAUCCUUUCAGCUGACUCCUUCCUUACACCAUUGUCCAUUCCAAGACGUGCCUCCUUGUUUAAUUAGGUCUUAAUUGACUAUCCCAAAUACACUCUCUUACCAUUUCCUUUUUUAUCUAUUAAAAAAUAAAAAUAAAAAUGCAUGCAAAAACAGAUUCCGAUGUGACAAGCUUACCGGGAUCAUCUCCGACAAGGUCACCACCACGUCGGGCCGGGUCAGGACAUGGAGCAGUCUACUAUGUUCAAAGCCCAUCAAGAGAUUCUACUUCUCAUGAUGGUGAAAAAGCUACAAACUCCUUCCAUUCAACCCCAGUCAUAAGCCCAAUGGGCUCACCUCCUCAUUCUCAUUCAAACUCAUCAUUGGGCCCACACUCUAGGGAGUCAUCCUCAACCCGAUUCUCCGGGUCAGCAAAGCCGAAAAGUGGGGGUCAUAUUAAAGGUCGGGGUCAACGUGGAUCGGGUACGGGUCGGAGUAACCGUCAUCAACAACAACAUCAUCCAUUUGAUGCAAUUGAAGAAGAGAGUCUAUUAGGAGUGGAAGAUGAGGAUGAAGAAAAAAGUAUACCAAGAAGAUGUUGGUAUUUUAUUUGGUUCGUCGUUGCCUUUUUUGUGUUGUUUUCAUUCUUUUCAUUGGUUCUAUGGGGUGCUAGUCGUAAUCAAAAACCAAUUAUCACUAUCAAGAGCAUAAAGUUUGAGCAAUUUGAUGUACAAGCUGGACAAGACAACACAGGAGUACCUACUGGAAUGGCUACUGUUAAUGCAACCGUGAAGUUAAGGUACCGAAAUAGAGGCACUUUUUUUGGAACCCAUGUCACUUCUACUCCUCUUGCUCUUGCCUUUCAAGAACUCAUAUUAGCUUCAGGAACGAUGGAAUAUUUUUAUCAGAGGAGGAAGAGUCAGAAGCAGAUAACAGUGCAAGUGAUGGGAGACAGUGUUCCUUUAUAUGGGGGAGGAUACAGCAUUAGCAGUAGUAAUAAGGGAGGAGUAAUAACACCAGUGCCACUUACCCUUAAGUUUAGAGUCAGAUCCAGAGCAUAUGUCUUAGGAAGAUUGGUAAAACCUAAAUUUUACAAGUCAAUUAAUUGCAAUUUGGUGAUGAAUCCAAAGAAGAUGAACAUGGCUAUGUCUCUCAAGAAUAACUGCACUUACACAUGAUUGGUUGGUCCAAACAAGACGACUAUUUAUGAUAAAAGCUCCACGGUUUGGUAAGUGGUAAUAAACGGUGGUAAUGGGAAUGAAAAACUGGUAUAAUUUUGGUGGAAAAAUCUCUUGUUUAUCUUAAUGGUUAUGCUUGUUCAACUUCAAUCAUCUCCUUUUCUUCGUAAAAUUCAUUCUAAUGCAUUACCAUUGGGAGAAGUGGUAUUAGAUGUUAAUGGAAAUUUGUAAAUAUAAAAAAUUUUUUAUGAUCAAAGUUUCAUUACCAUAACAAUGAUAUGAAACUUUUGAUAAAAUUUUACACUAUAAUCAUUUCCAUAAUCAUCAUUUAAUACCACUAAUCAAACGGACCGUUAGUGUAGUGUUUACUCUAUCCUUAGAUUAAUCAACUCAAAAUGCUGCAUGUUUUGAUUUUUAUUUCAAUGAGAAAUUUUGUCAUUUGUACA